AUGACCCCUGCGAGACCCAUUCCGAAACGCUGGAAGCUCCUCGCGCACGACGCUGUACACUGGCGUCCGCCGUUCAGCCCUUCUCCGAAAGAUGCCUCAGCGAAACACAGCUAUCACCCGUACGGACGGAGCCCCCCGGCUACCCCGACAUCCGCGUCGAAUCGCAAGGCCGAGAUCAAGGACGAGGUGGGAAGGCGUUCCCCCAGCUCGAACUCGGACUCGUCUCUGUCGUCAUUGUCGCCGUCACCUGAACCCGAACUCCCUCCACCCCAGACCUUACAUCCACUUUCCGACUCCGCUCCAUUAUACCACGAACAACUCUACUGGGAUCAGUCCCCCCACGAGCUUGCUUUGCCGACACCGACCUCGGCGUUGGGUCUCUCGGAACUGCCGUCGCUCGCGCAUGCUGCCCUCACCUCAUAUCCUCCAUACCCACCCACCAGCGCAUCUUUAGAAGCUGAAGUGCGCCUUGCCCAGCUCCUUCACGCGUCUCCUCCAGAACACCGGAAUUACUUGACCCCCUCUCCAACACCCAGCCGGGACGAGUGGGAUCCGUGUGACGCCUACAUCCUCUGGCCCGAGGAGGAGAGCAGGCCAACUCCGAGAAUCAAGCACAUGUGGACUAGCCCUAUGCACCCGCCCGAACUCAGGUUCCUGACUCUGCAAUCUGGAGGAGGGUACGAGGAUGGAGUCAUCUACGCUCUGCCAACCAAGCUGUUACCCUUCUUCGCGCGUCUGCAGUGGGUCACUGCCGUUCCAGGGCGGCGUGUCAUGCUCCCUGCCCAGAGCCGGUUCGCGGUGCAGCGGCGCGAGGCCGCAGACGCUAUCAACCGCCUGUUGGAGAAAGAUGGGGCGUGCGCAGGCUGGCACGACCCGGUCUCGCCAGCUUGCCAGCCUCCGCGAUCAGCGCUCCAGCCCUUCUGCCUCCUUUGCGAGGUCACCUCAAUACCACGCAGACCCCUCUCCCCCCCUUUCUCCGACCUCGCCUCAACUUCAUCUCAGCCUACGUCCAAUCUGACACGACCCCAACAAUCUCGACUCACCCCGUCACCUACCGCAUCUCCUCCCACCAGCUAA